ACUCGAGAGAGAGAGAGUGUGACAGGCCUAUAUAGAGAGAAAAGAAAGAGAGAGGAGAGAGGAGGCUUGGAAAGCGGUUUUGGGAUUUGGUAACGUCGAUUCAGGUGAUGGAGAUGUUGAAGGAAAAGCAGUGUUUGGGCUAAAAAAAAGGCGGUUUUGUUACUGAGAAGACAAAGUUGGAGCGGUUUUGUAACUGAUAAAAGAGAGAGAGAGUGAAAGACAAUCGUCAAUAAUCGAUUGAAAUCGGUUACAUAGAGAGACUGUUACCAAGUGUGUAUUAUAUACAACAAUCAAAAGGGUUUUCUGUGAUUAUUAUUGUUUAGAUAACGGCUUCGAAGAUGAUGAUGAUGAUGAUAAAUGGGGUAGGUUGAAGUUCGUGAACAAGGUUUCUGAAGCUACAUUAGUCGUUUUUUGCUUUCUCUCUCUCUACUCUCUCUCUCUCUCUAGAUUGUGAGCUUUGGUUCAGCUAUUUUAAUGGCGCAUGUGGAUAAUCUCAGAGGGGAACGUCAUGAUACAGGUUUGAGAAGUCAUGAUCUGUAUACGGAGCUAUGGAAGGCAUGUGCAGGCCCUCUGGUUGAUGUUCCUCGACCUGGAGAGAGGGUCUUCUACUUCCCACAAGGUCACAUGGAACAAUUAGAGGCAUCAACAAAUGAAGAACUUAAUCAACAAAUCCCACAGUUUAAUCUUCCAUCCAAGAUCCUUUGUCGCGUUGUGAACAUACAUUUAAUGGCAGAGCCAGAAACAGAUGAAGUCUAUGCACAGAUCACUUUACACCCAGAAGCAGAUCAAUCUGAACCUACAAGUCCUGAUCCGAGCCCGCCAGAGCAACCGAAACAGACUGUUCAUUCUUUCUGUAAAAUUUUAACGGCAUCUGAUACUAGCACCCAUGGAGGGUUUUCUGUUCUUCGGAAGCAUGCCAACGAAUGCCUGCCACAAUUGGACAUGACCCAGUCAACCCCAACCCAGGAUUUGGUUGCCAAAGAUCUUCAUGGGUAUGAGUGGCGAUUUAAGCAUAUAUUCAGAGGUCAACCUCGAAGACAUUUGCUUACGACAGGCUGGAGUACUUUUGUGACUUCCAAAAGAUUAGUUGCAGGGGAUGCUUUUGUUUUCCUGAGAGGUGAUAGUGGGGAACUUCGAGUUGGGGUUCGCCGACUUGCUCGGCAGCAGACCCCUAUGCCACCGUCAGUGAUAUCCAGCCAGAGCAUGCAUCUAGGAGUGCUUGCCACUGCAUCUCAUGCCAUUACUACACAAACCCUAUUUGUUGUCUACUACAAACCAAGGACAAGCCAGUUUAUCAUUGGGUUGAACAAAUAUCUAGAGGCUGUAAAAAAUGGGUUCUCAGUUGGCAUGCGAUUCAAGAUGAGAUUUGAAGGAGAAGAUUCUCCUGAGAGAAGGUUCACAGGCACUAUAGUUGGGGUUGGGGAGAUAUCACACCAGUGGCCAGAGUCCAAAUGGCGGUCAUUGAAGAUCCAGUGGGAUGAACCAGCAACCAUACAUAGACCAGAAAAGGUUUCACUGUGGGAGAUAGAACCUUUCGUAGCUUCUGCUUCGAUAAACCUUUCUCCACCAGCAAUGAAAAGCAAGAGGCCCCGAUCUAUUGAUCUUCCAGUUACUGAAAAUACUACCAAUUCAGCUGCUUCUGCUUUCUGGUAUCCUGGAUCAGCCACGUCCCUUGAAUUCAGCCACUUAGGUAGUACAACUGAUGUCCAAAGCAAUGAAAGCAUAUGGCCUCCGAAGCAAAUAAACCUUAAUAGCAAUCUCAAUAAUAGUGGUAGCUGUUGUAGCUCAAGGGCUUGGGCAGAUGGCAUUUGGUCUCCUCCACUUGGAAAUGGUUCUCAAAAUCUGUUACGAGACUCAAUAGGAGACUACAAAAAUGCAGCAGCUCGAUCUAUUCUUUCUGAUUAUACCUCUCAUGGCUUGUCAAGGCCAAACAGUAGUGCAACACUCGAUCUGGUGGAGAGGGGGAAAAAAUCUGAGACUUCUACUGGUUGUCGAUUAUUUGGGAUUGAUUUGACAAACAACUCCAUGUGGCCUGCUCACCCAGAGAAGGAAUUGGCAUGCCCAAAUGCUGUUCCCACCCCGGUUGUGUUGUCUGAAGCUGAUAUGACUCAAACUGUAGAUGUUUUGAACUGCUCAAAGGAGCAAGUUCAAUCAGAGGGAUUGCCGAAAGAAAUGCAGAGCAAGCAGGCUUGCACCAAUUCCACAAGAACUCGUACUAAGGUGCAAAUGCAAGGGGUUGCUGUUGGUCGUGCUGUUGACUUGACUUCUCUGGAAGGGUACGGUCCACUCAUUGACGAGCUGGAGAAGAUGUUUGAGAUUAAAGGAGAGCUUCACAUCCGAAAUAAAUGGGAAGUUGUUUACACAGACGAUGAAGGGGAUAUGAUGCUUGUGGGUGAUGAUCCGUGGCUGGAAUUCUGUAAUAUGGUUAAGAAGAUAAUCAUAUAUUCGAGUGAGGAAGUGAAGAAGUUGAAUCCUAGAUGCAAGCUUCCUCCGUCAUCCUUAGAAGGUGAAGGGACAAUUAUAACCUUGGAUUCAGAGCUCAAAUCUGAAUUGUGAAGUUUGAUUUGAUUUUUGUUGUCUUUUCCUUCUUUUUUUAAUUAAAAUCUUUUGGGGUUGGGGGGUCUCUCAUUGCUGAAAAGGGUGUACAAGAAAGGGGUUGUUGCUCAGUUUUUAGUUGGGAGUUUGAUCAAGAGAUAACAGAAGUAAAUUAGAAGGGUUGGAUUUUGAUUUAAGUGGUAGUAGACUAUUUGUGUUAUACAACUACUAAACAAACAUGGUGAAGGUUAGAAUUGGAAAUUGUGAAUACCUUGCUUGUGGGAUUGUGUAGUGUGUUUUGUUAUUUUUGAAUGAUCAGUCUGUGAAAAUGUAGACUUAUUUGUUUAUGUUAUUAUGAUGACAAGCAAACUAGUGCUUGGAUUUUUAUGAGUC